AUGACAAAAGGCUGCUAUACGUGUCGCCGCCGCCGCAUUAUUUGCGAUAAUGGCCAGCCUACCUGUCGGAAAUGCCAAGAUGCGGGGAAAGAAUGCCUGGGGUACCAGAAACCUUUGGUUUGGGUUAAGGGUGGAGUGGCUAGUCGUGGUAAAAUGAUGGGUCGGAGUUUUGAUGAGCCCAAGAAACCUUCUGGUGGAGGAAAGUGUCAAGGUAAAGGGGCAGCGACGUCAAUAUCAGCGAAAGCGAGGCCGGUCCAAAGAGCAGAAGAACCGGAGCCGUCACAUAGCGGCUUGAAUUUUUCUAUGCCUGCAUCCUCGUCCGAGACAGAUUCAUCACCGAGCUCUGGAGCCCAGCAUAGUCCGGAGACGGAUUGGAUUCAAGAAGUACUGGAUGCAGGAAAUAUGGAGCCGGUAAACUUUGGGCCUUCUUUUGGAUUUGUCGAGGAAGAGGUGGACAUGGACACAUCCGAUCGGCCAGACGAACGAAGUACUGCGAUGGUGCAUGCUCCACAGGCCACACCGAUCGAGUACAUGCCAACACCGUGGGGCUUGGUUGAUCCUUUGCUCAAAGAUUUCAAUCAAACUUCAAGAUUAUAUUUACAUCAUUACCAUGAAUACAUGACGAAUGAUUUUCUGAUCUAUCCCCAGCUCAAGAACCCCUGGCGAGAUAUCAUAUCAUUAGUCGGUCACUCGCCUCUUCUCGGUAAUGCAUUGUUGGCAAUGGGAGCAUUGCAUUUUUCACUUAUCUCUAAUUCGGACUCCUCUAUCAUGCCUUGGUCAUCUCAAAAUCCUCUGACCACUAAUACCCCGUUGGCACAACAAGACAUUGAGAACAUGAUUGUCUCCACAAGCUCCCAACAAUUGACCUCGAAAUCAUACCGUCAUUACCUAGAAUUUAAGCAACGCACGCUUAAUCAACUGUCAAAAGAUCUUCUGAAUCCUGUGAUGGCUAAAGACGACAUUACCUUGGCAGCAAUUGUUGUCCUCGCUCUUCUUGACCUAUUCGAAUCUGGCAGUGGGGCCUGGAGCUAUCACAUCGAAGGCGCAAAGAAGCUUUUAAGAAGUAGACCCGAAAAUACACUGGGCUCAGGGAUUCUCCAGGGACUAGAGGCAGUUGCCAUCGAUGCCUGUUUAAUUAUGGAGAUUAUGGGAUCUACGCUGGCACGCCCAGGUGCCCUCUCUCAACCGUUUUACCCUCAAACCAUGGGUCCAGCCAUGCUAAAGCGUCUCGAAGAAACAUCAUGGGUCGGCUGCCCAGCCUAUCUCCUUGAAGUUAUUUUCUUCGUCCACACUCUUUGGUAUCCAGAUUCCGACCUCGCAGCCGCAGCUCCCCAACCCACCACUCUCGGAAUAUCCAUGCAACAAGGCCAGCCCCUCUCCCGCGAAUCAUACAUGCAGCUCCUUCAGGGGAUCCGCUCUUUUGACCCCGUUGCCUGGGCACAAGAAAUGCAAACUUAUUUCCACCUUGACGACCUCUCCUCACGCAUAGCGCUUGCAAGCGCCUACCAAGCCGGCGUCUACCUUUACACAAGUCGCGUUCUCUCAAAAGCCAGAGACGGAUACUCACCGUCCUGGAACGACACAAACCUCCCCUCAGAUCACUCCCAAGCCGCUCAUGACCUAAUCACCCGUAUCUGUUCCGUCCCCAUAUCAGAUCCCCAUUUCAAGUGCCUCAUAUGGCCUACUUUCAUUGCUGGAGCGGAAUGCCGCCGUCUCUCACAGCGCUCUCUCAUUCUUGAGAAACUUGCUGCUCUCUACCAAGCUGUUACAAGUAUCAACGUCCGCAAUGCGGCGUGGGUUCUCAGACUCAUGUGGCAGAAACAGGACCUCAAGCGACAUGAGCGUGAAAAUGUCCCCGUUGGUCUUGUUGAUGGACUUCUUCCAAGUGGAGUCCUCGAACAGGAUGAUCAUGGUGAUGAAACUUUUGAUUCUUCGUUCGAUUGGGUGGAUGAGCUGGACGCAUCUCGCCUUGAUUGGUUGUUUAUUUGA